CAGUUGAACUCCGCCAGAGGGCAUCGUAUCGCCCGCGAAAAUCAAACUUCGAAAAUAAUUAAUCAUUAGAAUGAAUUAAUUCGAUGCGUAAACUCGAUCAUAUGAAUCAUGCGAUCGAUCAGAAAUCACGAUACAUACAAAAUGUUACCUAACCUCAGGUUAAUCAUAAAUCACGUUCUAAUUAUCAUAUAAACGAGUUUAAACAGUGGAAUUUGCAAUCGAGGAUACGGAAUAUAUCCGUUCCUCGUUAAUACGUCGACGUGGUUGCGCCUGGCGCAGGUUAGCCGUCGGAAAUAUGUGCGGAACUCUGAGUGAAACUCGUCGUCUGAGUGCCAAGACAGGAGGAGUCACGUGACCCGAUCCUAUGUUCGUGCCGUUUACAUCGAAGCAGUGCCGCGGCGGCCAGUUUGCGCAGAGCCGCGAGAGGACGAAUGCGUUCGGUUCGCCGCUGGCCUCCUUGAAUUAAGAACGAGAUAAAUUCGGCCGGUAACAGUUCGCCGAUUUGUGAAAAAUCGUUGCCAGUGUUUGGAAAAUAUCCCGGGGACCUUACGGACGCCGAUAGAUGAUCGCACAUCAUGACCGUUCGUAAAAAUCUCGUUAGCACGUUAACGAUAAUCAUGGGGAUGUUGGUGAUUAACGCUCAAGCCAGAUCCUGGGACUUGGCAGUAGUCGCAGGACGUAAAAUCGAAUUUCUCGCGGUAAAUGGGUCGUUAAAUGGACAGGCGAUGUUAGAAGAAGCCGGGUCCCUGUCGGGGGUCGCUUACGACGACGUCACACGAACUAUUUAUUUCAGCGAUUUAAAUCACGAGAACAUGUCGAUAUAUAGUAGUGACCUGACGGACAAGAACUUCACGUUAACGCCAUUACUCAAAAGACAAGAAGAAAGUAGUAUCCUAGGCCUCGCGUUUGAUACGAGGACGCGAACCCUGUUUUGGAGUGACACGAAACAAGGAAGUAUCAUGAGAAUGCAAGUGCCGGUGGAUGAGCCACCGGAACGGCCGGUGAUUCUACACGACUUGAAGACGCGAGUACCACGCGGUAUCGCUCUGGACGUAUGUAACAGACACAUAUACUGGGUGGACAGCAGUACCAGCAGUCCUAGUAUCGAACGUUCGAACUUAGACGGUAGCAAUCGCACGACGGUAAUCAGCGAACGUUUACACGAGCCGAUAGCCGUCGCGGUAGAUCACAUCGAGGAGAAAUUGUACUGGAUCGAUGACGUCGAGGGAAUACGGAUCAAGAUCGAACGGAGUAAUCUCGAUGGUACCAAGCGCGAACUCUUAGCUCAUCCAAAACGACAACGGCCGAGUUACAUGGCCGUGGACCGGAACUCGAUAUACUGGUCCGACACGGUGCACAAAGUCGUUUGGACACUGCCGAAAACUAUGAAACCCGACGACGUUGUAGUCGAGCCGAGCAUGUUCGGGUCGCAGGAUAAAUACUUAGACGCGAUACCAGCUGGGAUCUUGGCUCGCGACAAUGUCGGCAAACUAGAUUGCGCGGCGAUGUCGAAAACGAAGCACAAGACCAGUUUAACGGGCUUGACGUACGCCCAACGUGGCGAGUCGUAUAUUAAUCUGACGACCAGCACGGAGGAAUCGGAACCGACCACCGAGUCGUCCAAAUACUGCCUGAACGAUGGUCGUUUGGACAGAGGAAAUUCCACGUGCCAGUGUAAACUUGGGUACACUGGCGAUUAUUGCGAAACGGACCUCUGUCACAAUUACUGCUUUAGAGGCAGCUGCGAUAUAAACGAUGACGGAUUACCCACGUGUAAGUGUAACGAUACGUUUGUUGGACCAAGAUGUGAAACAGACCUGUGCAAAGACUAUUGCUUGCACGACGGUCAGUGCUCCGUCCAAAACGAGAAACCAGUUUGUAAAUGUAAAUAUUUCGUGGGCGAUCGUUGCGAGAUUUUAAACGAUACGACUGAAAUUUGUAAAAAUUAUUGUGAAAACGAUGAGACAGUUCCUACUAGCAUCGCUGCUAUUUGCAGGUACAUCACUUUUAAUAAAUUAUCAAUCCUCUUUUAAGGUAGUUCUGGCAGG